AUGCUACGGCAAUUUAUACGACGAGAGGUGUGGUCUGUGCGACCGACCAGACCGAGGCCAAGACCAUGGCCCUGCACAGAGGCAUUGUUAACGCGGCAAUUCCGUUCCAAGGGACAUAUCCCCAGACCCUCGUUGGCCAAAGAGCUCAUCGACUCGGCUUUGAACAGCAUUGAACAACUUGUAUAUAGAGAGCUGGACCCCGAGCGUUACGACUCCGAGCGAAUAGCCAUGAGUGAAAUAUCAACUGAAAAACGUCAAAUACAAGAGUUGAGUCUUGAAAGGUGGACUCAGACUGAAAAGCUGAACAUCCAGCUUCCUGAACAUCGUCUUGAACUUCUGAGAACGGACCUCUUAUAUCCCUUUUCGGAAGACUCAGACAACCCACUAUUGCAUCUGGAACGACUACUAGGACAGAACUUGGAUACACGAUUAUCACCACUCCAUUAUCUCAAACUAUACCUACAGAUAGAUGCCAAAAGUACCAUUUCUUAUCCCACUUUGUGUGCUCUUGUCAGAAUUUUAGUCAGCCAUUCGUGGUAUGCGAAUGCUUCAGCUGUCAUUGAAGAGUCUCGUCUAAACGUGAUGGCCCUUUUUGAUCUCAUGGAGGAACAUGUGGUUCCUGUAUUGAAGACUAAUCAUGCUGGCCUGGGAACCUGGGACUUCCUACGUGCUUAUCUCAGAACUUCCAGCAACUUGCCGCUGAUAAAGCAGAUGAUCCAGGAGUUCCUGCUUACUGCUUCAGCUGACCCACAGAGCAUAGCAGACACCGUCCGUGCAUUGCAGUUCACAAAUCUUUUGGAAUCCAAGUAUCUGGGAGAGCCAUGGAAAGAUAAGGGUAGCAAAAUUGAAGAAAAGAAUUUGUCCUGGGAAAUGCUACAAACUGACAUGCUCGGUCAUGUGAAAAGGUACUUGGGCUCUCAGAACAUGCCUCCACCUGUUCUAGCAUAUAUGUUCCUGGUGAGAUUCAAACAUUUUUCAGCACCACCUGCAAAGACAGUGGCUCGUGCCCUUGCCACAGAGUUUAAGAGAGGACAUGAUUUUUUGCAUUUGCCAGGCCUGAUGGGUAAGGCCAUUUCAAUUUUUGGAGAGGAGUCAGCCUCGGCUCUCAGAAACGACAAUUUCGCAAAUGUUUUGUGCGAAAGAGUGGAAAAAAACAACGUCACUAUAGGAUUAGACGAUAUGAUUGCAUUUUUGAAGCUGGACAUGUCUUCAUCAAUUAAGGCUGGCUACAUCAAGAGGUUUUGGAAUCUUUAUUGUGUGGGUUGUGAGAACAAUCCACAGCGUGAGGUCUUACAUGCGACCCUAUCCCACCUCCAAACCCUUCCCCAUUCCAAAGAAACGUUUUCAGCCAUAUUUUCUGAGUUCUGGCAGAAAUGUGAUCCGAAAAUGGUGGCUGAAUGGAUGGAAUUUGAGUUUUCGAAGUUUCAACAGAAAAACCCUUCGCACUCCAAACUCUGCAGAUUAUCUACUAUAUGGAGAUCUGUCCAAAACCCAGAAAUGUUGAGCCAGAGUCUUGCUGAGUUCCAGAGGCUUCUUCUUGCAAGUCCGAAAGGCUUGUCUUUCCCUCACGUGUGUACUUUGCUGGACUCACUGACACAGCAUGAAGAUGUUUCAACACUUUCGGAGCCAUUCUCACAAGCAUUGGUAGAGGACUCUUUCUCCAAAGCCCACACAAACCAGCAAAAUAUUUCAAAACAUCAGUAUCUUAGCGGUUUUGAAACCUUGCUGAAAAAUAAGAAUAUUGGCAUGGUGACCCGUGGAAUGGUCUCCAUGAAAGCCCUUCGUUGGGCUUUGACGAUAUCGAAAAGCUUACCCGGUGACUCCAGAUGGAUUCGUUCAAGGGUUGGACAGAUUACAGCCGAGUAUUUCAUAGAUGCCACUGUUUCUGAAAAAUCCCUUAAACCCGAAUUUUCAAGAACUUUUAUUGAAAAGAUCAAUUUUGCCUUGGACCAAGAAAACCACGAUCUUGAAUUUGGACAGCCAAGAAAGUUGGUCACGAUCGAUCACCUCACAUCUAUUGCUCAUGGUCUGUCCUGGUAUACACCCGAAGCAUACAAUUCUUUGUUGAAAGCGUGGUUGAAAGAAUGGUGCAAGAGAUAUGGUGCUGACAUUAAGAAUGAACACUAUACCAUGGCUACAGCCAUCAAGUAUCUCACGAGGCUCAGACUGCGGAUGCCGAGCUCUAGCGACAAAGCCUUGUCUGUGAGUGCCCUUAUAGACAAGACAUACGGAUAUGUGAGCAAUAUUGCUAUUGAAGAGGCCUGGCUGGUUCCGGGAACUGUGACUGCUGUGCAGCUACAUAAAAUCAACUACCAGUUGACGAUCACCGCAAGGGCCUUCCUGAUCAAGCGGUUGUCUCGAGUUGAGCCUUUGACGGCCAACCAGUUCAUCAAGGCAUACAGUUUGAAGACAGAUGUUCCCAAGCCCUUACUGAGGGCUUUCAUUACUGGAAUCCUGGAGUCAGACUCGGAAGUGGGUGUAAGUGUCAAGGCCAGGAUCUUUAACCAUAUCAGCUCCAGGAUUCGUGCUAGGGCUACAGGCUACACGGGCAAGCAGACUGCUAUCGCGCUUGUGAACGCCGUCAUUACAGAUGCCAUCAAGAGAGACAAAGGCUCUUCCGAUAGACUUAUGUGGGCGCUGGAGAUUUGCAGAAGCGAGAAGGUGAAUGAGGAGCAGUUUGCCAAAUGGUUUACAAUACUAGAGGAACUCAGGAGGCAAAGAAAGGGUUUUUGGUCUCAGACACAACCAUCGAGACACGAGCAACGCACCGAACCCAUUUACGAACACACUUGA